GCUGAAUUGUUUAGGAAUUACUCCUGCUAAACUGGCCUAUUGGGUUACUAAGUCUUCAUCUUCCUUCACAAGCUUCAUCAAAGUGAUUAGUGGCAACCCAUUUUCAUUAGCAUUUCUACAAUUUCUAUUCAACGGGGAACAAAAUCAGAAUAAAAGAAAAAAAAAGUCGAAGAAAAGACCCGUAUUCCUUUGGCAAUCAAUGGAAGCUGGACAAUCAUCUAGUUCAAAUUCCUCCGAUGAAGUUUGGGCUAAACUUGUGCCAUCAGAUUCAAGCUAUGCAAGCAUUGAGAUAAGCUCAGAUGAUACAAUUGUAUGCUCACAGAUCUCAUCUACCCCUGAUAAGCUUGAAUGGUGCCAGAUAAUUAGGAACUCUGACCGUUGUUCAGCCACUAUCAGAAACAAGAGUUCAAAUUUGAUACUCGUUGAUGGGGCUAUACUAGAGAGUGAAGAUGUAGUUGGUAUCAAGUGUGGCUGUGAAAUUGUGCCAGCUUCCACUAAAAAAGAGUACCUUAGCUUUAAGUUUGAGGUGAUGCCUGUUCAAGAACAACGCUUAGAGAAUAAGUUGAAGAUUUUUCUAGACUCGGAGCACACAAAAUGCAGCAUUUGUUUGAAUGUUUGGCAUGAUGUUGUGACAGUUGCUCCUUGCCUUCAUAAUUUCUGCAACGGGUGCUUCUCAGAGUGGUUAAAGCGGUGUCAAAAGAAACAUUCAAAUGUUUUGUGCCCCCAUUGUAGAGCAGUUGUGCAGUUUGUUGGAAGAAAUCAUUUUCUCCAUGGUAUUGAGGAGGACAUUUUGCAGGCAGAUGUUUCACUGCGACGUUCUGCAGAAGAACUUGCUAUAUUAGAUUCUUAUGCAACCAUCAAAUCUAGUCUUGUCAUUACAAAUGGGAAAAAGAAUCGUCAAAAGAGGGCGCGUUCACCAAUUCAUGAAGAGCGUGAAGAGAUGGAACUACCAUGCCCUCAAUGUGGAACUCAAUUUGGGGGUUUUCGCUGCCCUGAGAGUAUUGCCCAUUUGCAAUGCCAUGCAUGUGGUGGAAUGAUGCCAUCAAGAUCUGACAUUAGCAUCCCGCAACAUUGCGUAGGUUGCGAUAAAACAUUUUGUGGUGCUUAUUGGCACGCGCAGGGAGUUGCUAGGACAGAUCAACACCCCACCUGCGAACUUGAAACGUUUAGACCUAUCUCGGAGCGCAGAGUGUCCAUUAUCCCUUCUGUAGCGCAUGAAAGGAAUCAAUUUGAACAAGAUAUCACAAAUAGGUGCAUAAGACAGAUGGGUACAACACUACAAGAAGUCAUUUCCGACUGGGUUACAAAGUUGGACAACCGAGAAAUUGAUCGUUCAAGUUUGCAUUUAAGGCAUCCUGAGAUAAUUACUGCUGGUACUCAUGUCUGCAAUGAUUGUUACAACACGGUGGUUUCAUUUCUUCUAUACUGGUACCGGAUUUCAUUGCCUGUCCAUCUUCUGCCACUUGAGGCGUCAAACCGGGAAGACUGCUGGUAUGGCCAUGCUUGUCGAACGCAGCAUCACAGUGUAGAUCAUGCUCGCAAGCGUAAUCAUGUUUGCAGACCUACACGAGGUUCUCAAAGAUGAAAAAUGCAGACGGGUCAAUACGGGUCAAUACUUGACUUGUUUUAUUUUCAUAGUCCCCUUUAGACUUGUUUUAUUUGAUUGUCUGUAGUUGUAGCAUCAGUUGAUAUUAAUAGGUUACUUAUUGAUCUUUAUUUCUUUUAUUUUAUUCUGAUAAUCAUUUUAGUAAUUAAUAAGUUUACCAGCAGAAAUUCAGUAA